AUGACUGCGUUUGAAGAAUUCGGCGUGCUUUCCGAAUUGGGUAAGGCUAUCGAAGAAAUGGAUUGGACCUUGCCUACUGACGUUCAAGCUGAAGCCAUACCACUGAUUCUCGGUGGAGGAGAUGUUCUUAUGGCAGCGGAAACUGGUAGCGGUAAAACCGGCGCUUUCUGCUUACCCAUUCUGCAAAUUGUUUGGGAAACCCUAAAGGAUCUUCAAGAGGGGAAGGGCAACAAAGUUAUAGCACAGAUUUCAUCGGAAUGGACUAUGUCUUUCUUCGAUCGUACAGAUGCGUUAGCAGUCACUCCAGAUGGUUUACGGUGUCAGUCUCGUGACCAGCAGGGCUGGCAUGGCUGCCGAGCUACUAAAGGAGUGCACACUAAAGGAAAUUAUUAUUAUGAAGCCACUGUUACUGAUGAAGGCUUGUGUCGUGUAGGAUGGUCUACCCAAGCCGCCCGAUUAGAUCUUGGUACAGAUAGAUUAGGUUUUGGUUUUGGUGGAACAGGCAAGAAAUCAAAUGCCAAACAAUUUGAUGACUAUGGAAGUGCUUUUGGAAAAAAUGAUGUCAUAGGUUGUCUUCUCAGUUUGACAAAUGGAGAAAUUCGUUACACUAAAAAUGGUGAAGAUCUAGGUGUUGCAUUCAAGUUAGAUCAAUCAAGACGUUCAGACUGCUAUUUCCCUGCAGUUGUGCUGAAAAAUGCAGAAAUGAGCUUCAACUUUGGUGCACAACCCUUCAAGCAUUCAUCACCUAAAGACUUCAUAGGAAUUUGUCAAGCCCCUAAAGAAUUUGUUAAGAAUAAUGUUAUCACAGCUGGUACCGCUGUAGACAGUAAACCAGUCAACAAUGCUCCACAAGCAAUCAUCAUAGAGCCAUCACGUGAAUUAGCUGAGCAAACAUGCAACCAGAUUACGAAAUUCAAAAAGUAUCUAGAAAACCCUAAAGUGCGCGAACUAUUGGUUGUUGGAGGCGUCAAUGUUAAAGAUCAAAUAAACCAGCUCUCUUCAGGAAUCGAUAUAGUGGUUGGAACACCAGGACGUCUAGAAGAUUUGAUUCAAGGAGGUUAUCUAGCGUUGACCCAUUGUCGAUUCUUCGUAUUGGAUGAAGCUGAUGGCCUACUCAAGGCAGGGUAUGGAGAACUGAUUGAGCGAUUACAUAGACAGAUCCCUAAAAUCACAUCCGACGGUCGUCGCUUACAGAUGGUUGUGUGCUCAGCUACCCUGCAUGCAUUUGAAGUUAAGAAAAUGGCGGAGAAACUUAUGCAUUUCCCUACUUGGGUGGAUUUGAAAGGUGAAGAUGCUGUGCCUGAAACCGUUCAUCAUGUGGUUGUGAUGGUUGACCCACAAAAGGACCGUCAAUGGGAAACAUUACGCAGGCAUGUUCAGACUGACGGUGUACACGCAAAAGACAAUAUUCGCAGCGGUAACACCACGCCGGAGACUCUCUCCGAAGCCGUCAAGAUUCUCAAGGGAGAGUAUUGCGUACGCGCCAUCAGGGAACACAAGAUGGACAGGGCUAUAAUCUUCUGUCGCACCAAACUGGACUGCGACAACAUGGAGCGUUACCUGAAGUCGUUCGGCAAGGAGUUCACUUGCGUAUGCUUGCACGGGGACCGCAAGCCGGCCGAGCGCAAGGGGAACCUGGAAAUGUUCAAGCAGUCGCAGGUCAAGUACCUGAUCUGCACCGACGUCGCCGCCAGGGGUAUCGAUAUAUCAGGACUGCCAUUCAUGAUCAACAUAACACUUCCCGAUGAGAAGUCUAACUACGUGCACCGCAUCGGUCGCGUCGGGAGAGCCGAGCGGAUGGGGCUCGCCAUCAGUCUCGUGUCCUCUGUACCGGAAAAGGUGUGGUACCACGGCGAAUGGUGUUCGUCCCGCGGCCGCAACUGUUGGAACACGAGUCUCAUCGACGACCGACCUAAAGGGUGCUGCAUGUGGUACAACGAGCCUCAGUAUUUGGCGGAUAUAGAAGACCACUUGAACGUUACCAUUCAGCAAGUCGAGCCCGACAUAAAGGUCCCCAGCAACGAGUUUGACGGCAAAGUUGUGUAUGGUCAGAAGAGGACGCAAAUCGGAACUGGCUAUCAGGAUCACGUUACCCAAAUGGCGCCUGUAGUACGAUCUCUGCAAGAACUGGAGUCUCAGACGCAACUGUAUUACCUCAAAAUGCACCACAACGUUACUAUAGCGUAA